UGACCACUAACCACACCGGCACAAACAACACAUCCCCAGGCCCCAUUCGUCAAUCACUGCUGCAAGUUCCUGACUGGGGCAUUUAUCAUACGAAAUACGUACAGUAGACAAGGCUACGUGACAGGAGAGGGAAGACAGUGGGGGAGCAAGGUGGUAGGGGCCGUACCGCAUUACAACACUCGUUUGAUUGUACGAUAUUCGCCCGGCUCGUCCAGUGUGAAAGCUAGUCGCAUGCGAACCUGCUGCCACAUCACGAUGAUCAACCUCUAUCGACGUACACCAGCCAUCCUUCCCAGCUAAUCCCAUUCCUGGUAGACGUGGUUCCAUUGUUUGCGCCGACUUAAUCCAAAUAGCCAAGCAACAUGGCACAUACUCCCAUUGCUAUGGACGCCAGUCUGUCCAGCCUGAACUCUAUCGACAACGACACUUCUGCUACCUCUAGCGCCCAUAUAGAUUCACAAGCCUCAAAGUGGACAUCAGCCUCCACUUCACUUACCGCGUCGCCGGCACAGUCUAGAGAUACAUCACCAAUACGCCCCUCAGCUAAGACAGGAAGAGCAAGCCGUACAUCCACAACCCCGGCUGGGUCACGCAAGAACAGUGGCCAAGAUCCUAGUCCGUCGAGACCUAGAACUACCGUUCCUGCACCUUCGACUCCGCGACAGCAGCUUUCUUCCGCCACGACGCCCUCGUUACCUCCUCCGUCAAAUUCGGUGCCCGUGCUGCGAACUCCCGUCCCGCAGAAAGUUUCCGUUGCGUCCGAGCUAUCCAAAGAUUCACCCCGGUGGCCCGUGUCACCUCGGUUGAGAUCACCGCCGCCUAACAUCGGCCGGCCAGCCGUACCCGGUUCGUCGUUACGAAAAGCCGAGCAAGAAGCACCCGCGAUAAAUGUUCAGCGAGCGACGCCUUCGCCUCACGUGGAAUCCGCUUCGCAGUCUACCUCCGACAACGAGGCGGAAGAGUCGCAACUGUCAUCUGGUAUGAGGACCCCAGCUCGUGGACCAAGUAAUGGAUCGUCUACCUUGGAGACGGUCCAGGAGGUCAGCCAACCCAAUACCCCGCGACCAGGACUGGACGUUGCUAUCGAAAAGCUUGCCGAGACCGCCGCUGCGCAGUCACCGACGCACUCUAAAAGUUCCGGGAGCACGAUCAAGAGGACAACUUCUGGUCAGAAUGCGACGAACAGCGAGAGUGGCAGCGAUGGUGGUAAUGUUAAGAGUUCGAGAAGGACAAGUACUGUUGGUCCUGCGCCCUCACUCCACAGCAGACAGUCGAGCACGACCCUCAAGUAUGGCGCCAAAGGGCCAACUUCUGGCGAGAGCUCGUCGAGAAAUAUGACGGUCGAGACGGAACAAAUCAACAACCUUCCAGGGCUUUCAAUAGCCACGAACACGAGGGGCCAGGGAGCAAAUGGAAGUCUGAGAACGAAACUCAGUUCGGAAACCAUAAAACCGAAGAAGGAAAAAAAGAAGCACACGAGAAAGCCCGCAUCUGUUGCAUCUGGCAAUGAGGACACCGCCCAGCAUCCUCAAAAGCAGAUAUUUUCGAGGCUAAAGUUGCCAGUGCUGUGGAGGAAGCUAAUUCUUCGGACUCGGACGAAACUUUCGUAUACGAUUCGAACCCACCAGAUGUAGGCGAGCGCCCUCGCCGUUUCCACUCGCGUACACCCAGUGCAACCUCUAUUGCUAGCCAGGUCAAUCGGAACGGAGUACGCUCGAUAACGGGCAUGA